UUGAUGUCCAGCGAAAGACGGCGCCAAUAGAACCUAGCCUUAUACACCAUAAAUCGAUUAUCCCCUGAAUCGUCGCGUCGUUUACACCCGCCAUGUCGCGCGACCACACGGCGAAUAGCUUCGCGUCGUUUGGUUCAGACUUUGAUCCCGAGCACGAGGCACUCGCGUCCACCAAGGAAAUUGACGACAGCCUCCAGCUCCCCGACAUGAAGCCGAACGCGAGGAAAAACCACGAGUCUCACCCAGAAGAACCCGACUACGCGAUCAACUCCUCCAUGCUGGACCGCUACUUCCCGGAAUUCUCACAGAUUGGUACUUCAGAGGAGGACAAUGACCACGAUGACGACGAUGACAUCUCCUUGGAAGUCGGACGUGGUCCGACGAAGCCGGCGCGUCGUCUCGAUGACUCGCGUAACUCAUACAUGAGCAUUGAAAACAGUGUGCGGUCCUCUUCGCCCGCCGUCCGACUCGACUACCCGACCUCGCACACCCCCAAAUCGGCGAUGCGGAAUACGCCACGACGUGCCGUUAGCGAAAAUCUCCGGAAAGAUGCCCAGCUGAGACGCGCUAGUCUCGCUGCUCAGAAGGAAAACGUGGACCCGCAAUCCUCCAAGUCGAACCGCAAGGACCAGCGACGAACGCUCUCCGACAUGCAUGCUAAGGCCCGGGACUCGUACGAUGGCUCUUUCGUGGUCGAUGAAAGACCCCCUGCCGUGACGAGUACUGCUCGCUCGACGCGAUUCGGAUCCAACCAGAUUGCCGACGCCGUGGAGAGAGCGUCGCAGGAUGCCUAUGCGAGGGAAAUGCGCAAGGGGAAAUACGCUUCCAACUCCCGCCACGCGUCGAUGAAUGCUGCCGGGGACACCGCAACUCAGCAAUCUUUUCUGCUACCGGAUCUUCCUAACCUUUCCGAGUUGGUUUCGGGUGUCUAUGAGGACGGAACGCCAGUUUAUACUCGGCAAAACAGAGCGCGUACCACGCGGUUCGUUUCCCCCCCGCACGAUACUGCCGAUGUAUCCUUGACUCGCGAACACAUCCCCCUCGACGCCGUGCCGAUCCCCGAAGACGAGAAGGCACUCUUUGUGUCCUUGAGAUUGCUUCAGGACAAAGUUUCGGAGCUCGAAAGGUCUAAAUCCGAGGCUGAAAGGCGAAUUGAGGAAAUGAGGCAAGAAAACACGUCAUUGAAAUCGGGCAAGUCUCGUAAAGACAAGCAUGAUAGGAGCAGAUAUAGCGAGGAAGAUGAGUACGGCAAGGACCGUCUUAUCAAUGAGAAUCAGAGUAAGUGCAUUCGUGGCCUGGUUUUCUCGGUUGUCGGCUAACCUGUUAUUCUUAGAACUCGAUGCGGCCAACAUUGCCUUACAGAACAAGCUCGACCUUGUUGAGCGGAAGGCCCAGAUGCAGGAAACUGCCCUCAAGAGGCUGAACCGGGAGCGUGACAUGGCUGUCUCCCAGCUAGGAGUAGCGUACCUUGAAUCACAGGACCUUAAGAGUGAGAACAAGAAUCUCCGACAGGAAAAUGCG